UGCCGCCGGUCCCCGCUGCCAGCCCGCCAGUGGAGCCCCGCGGAACGCCGGAACCCCGGCGCGGCGGAACCUCGUGGCGCGGGCGGGCGGGGCGCGGCGGGACCGUUCGGGUGUGGGACCGCCGUGCCACGUCUGAGCUGCGCCGUCGGGAGCUCCCCGGGUUCGCCGCCGCCGCAGCCGCAGCCAUGGUCUCGGUCAUUAACACGGUGGACACCUCGCACGAGGACAUGAUCCACGAUGCUCAGAUGGAUUACUAUGGCACCCGGUUGGCAACCUGCUCUUCAGACAGAUCCGUGAAGAUCUUUGAUGUUCGGAAUGGAGGGCAGAUCCUCAUCGCGGACCUAAGAGGGCAUGAAGGUCCCGUGUGGCAGGUUGCCUGGGCUCACCCGAUGUAUGGAAAUAUCCUGGCCUCCUGCUCCUACGACAGGAAGGUUAUCGUCUGGAAGGAGGAAAAUGGCACUUGGGAAAAGACCUAUGAGUACACAGGGCAUGACUCCUCAGUGAACUCUGUCUGCUGGGCACCGCAUGACUAUGGGUUGAUCCUGGCCUGUGGGAGCUCCGAUGGGGCCAUCUCCUUACUGAGCUACACGGGUGAUGGGCAGUGGGAAGUCAAAAAGAUCAGCAAUGCACACACGAUUGGCUGUAAUGCAGUUAGCUGGGCUCCUGCUGUUGUCCCAGGAAGCCUUAUAGAACAACCGUCUGGUCAGAAACCAAACUACAUCAAAAGAUUUGCAUCUGGUGGCUGCGACAACCUUGUCAAGAUCUGGAAGGAGGAAGAUGGCCAGUGGAAAGAAGAGCAGAAGCUGGAGGCUCACAGUGACUGGGUUCGAGAUGUAGCCUGGGCUCCAUCCAUAGGUUUGCCCACAAGCACCAUUGCUAGCUGCUCACAGGAUGGCAGAGUGUUCAUCUGGACAUGUGAUGAUGCCUCUGGAAAUUCCUGGUCACCGAAGCUGCUGCACAAGUUCAAUGAUGUUGUCUGGCAUGUGAGUUGGUCCAUUACUGCCAACAUCCUUGCAGUGUCUGGAGGAGACAAUAAGGUGACGCUGUGGAAGGAGUCCGUGGAUGGACUGUGGGCAUGCAUCAGCGAUGUCAACAAGGGCCAAGGCGGGGUGUCUGCCGCUGCAGAGGGGCAGCAGAACGAGCAGUGACAUUCCAGCUGCCGCACGUGGUCGCUCUGAUCCGCAGCGUUUCUUGAACCGGAUGAGAACUGAUUUUAUCUAAACUGGACGUGAACACGGGAAACAAUUACCUGAUCUUAGGAGCACUCUGUAACUAUUCCUGGGAGGCUACAAUAUGUUGAUAAUCGGCCUUAAUUGACAUUCCCUUAAAUUUAAGGUAAAGAGCAACGUACUGUGCCUUAUACUACUCCUUGAUGCUGUGGAAGUUGUACCCUGCUUUUUGGGUUUAGGGAUCAGGUUUAAGUGGAUGUGGUGUAGUCGGGCUUCAAGUUCCUGGGCAGGAACAGGAGGUAGCUGUCAGAGUGGUGAGGUGCAAACUCCUUUGUGCAGGGGAACGAAUAACUCUGUCCCUGCAGAGGCCAGAACUUUGCUUCAGGUAAGGGAAGGGCUGGUGGAGUUCUCAGCGUUGGAUGGCAGCGUGCUGGCCAGCCCUGGUGAUAGUGAAGUGGUGCUUGAUCCUCCUCGAAAUAAUGUGCUUGGAUAGGUGAAAAUCUCUGUGCUUUCCUCAAGGUGAAAAGGAGUAGUGGAACGCACAUGUCUUGCUUUACAGUGUUCUCAAACUUGGUUAUUUAACCAACAUCAAUAAAUCAGACCAUAAUUGGAAGAUUAGGGUUUUUUUAGCCACACUUGUGUACUGUACCUCAGGUUUGUUGUUGAGAUACCAAGAGAAUAAAGCCCUAUUGGUUAA